AUGGGUUUUAUAUCAGAAACAUCCACCAUCAUCAGCGUCAGAGUUGGAGAUGACGUCACUUUACCUUGUGAAGAUGUUAAAGACCUUCAUGAUAACUGCAACAGUACCACCUGGCUCUACGCUGUUUCUCACCAAUCAGUACCACUGUUUGAACACGGGAUUAUUCUAACUGGAGAUAAAUCAGACAGACUGAGAGUUACAGAAGGCUGUUCUCUAGUUUUAGAGAAAGUCACAGCUGAAGAUAAAGGUGUUUACACCUGCAGACGGUACAGCUCAGGACAAUUUACAGACUCUGAGGUCAAACUGUCUGUUAACAUCACAGCUACAUCAUCAUCAUCAACAACAACAACAACAACAGCAACAACAACAACAACAACAACAACAACACCAACAACAACAACAACAGCCACCACAGAAAACAAUACAAGUACAGGUACGCCCCAGAUCAUAGUCGCUGUUAUUUUACCACCGCUCCUGAUUGUCCUGGUUGUUUUGUUGAUCAUCAGAUGGAGGAGGGCUAAAGAGAGGGAAACACAGCCGGGGGGCAACGAGGUGAGUUAUUAA